UGAACGUCUUGACAUUUUAAGAAUACCGAGUCUCCCCUCCUCAACGAAUAUAUCCCAACAAUGAUCUCACGGUCGGCGAUUGGACGACACGCACAGCUUGCUGUCCGCAGGCAAUGCUGUGCUCAGCCAGCUAAUCGUCGUGGCCUUGCUGCUGUUUCCUCCGGAUCAACCUCAUUCUCAUACGAAUCAUCUGAUGUUGCUGGAGUUAAGGUUGCAAGCAGAGAUGUUGCUGGAGCCACCACAAAGCUUGCUGUCGUUGCUAAGGCCGGAACAAGAUAUCAGACUGCACCAGGUUUAACAUCAGGAUUAGAGCGAUUUGCAUUCAAGGUAAACUCAUCACAAGAAACCACAUUCGAGUAAUCGUAUAUAUUUUUGGACAUUAACUUAUAUUUUACGACUUAGAACACCUUUAAACGAUCAGCUCUCCGUAUCUGCAGAGAAUCCGAGCUUCUAGGCGCACAAUUGAACGCUUACCACACCCGCGAAGCACUCGUCGUGGAAGCCAAGUUCCUUCGGGAAGACUUACCUUACUUUACCGAGCUCCUUGGUGAAGUUAUCUCAGCCACAAAGUAUACUCGUAAGUCCAGAGCAGGCAACGUCCAUUGAGGGUGUCAACUAACUGAUCACAACAGCCCACGAAUACCACGAAGAAGUCGAGCACCAGAUUAAGUUGCUCCAGAAGAAGCUCCUUGGAAGUGUAUCAGACCUUGCUAUCAACUCAGCACACGGCGUCGCAUUCCAUAGAGGACUUGGAACGCCUCUCUUCCCAUCUUCGUCUACCCCUCUUACGAAAUAUCUGAAUCCGGACUCCAUCGGUGAAUUCUCAACCCAAGCAUACUCGAAGCCGAAUAUCGCCGUUGUCGCAAAUGGUGCAAGUCAAGCAGAGUUGUCGAAGUGGGUUGGAGAGUUCUUUACCGGCGCUCAUAGUGGACAAGCUCUCUCUGGUCCUGGAGCAACCAAGUACUAUGGUGGUGAAGAACGCAUUGCCCAUGAUUCUGGUAAUUCGUUCGUUCUUGCUUUCCCUGGAUCUAGUUCUUUCACAGCAGGAGGUUCAUACAAGCCUGAAUUCUCUGUCCUUGCCUCUCUUCUCGGUGGAAAAUCCAGCAUUAAGUGGUCCACUGGAUUCUCUCUCUUAUCCAAGGCUGCAUCUUCAUUCCCAGGAGCCAGCGCCACGGCUACUAAUUUUGCUUACUCUGAUGCUGGACUUUUGGUACUUCAAUUCAAUGGUUCUGCGUCGGCUGUUAGAUCGGCUGCGAUUGAGGCUGUCAAAGCCCUGAAGGCAAUUUCUGAAGGUUCCAUUAGUCAAGAAGAUUUCACAAAGGCAGUCGCAAAUGCUAAAUUCAACGCAUUGGAGGAAGGCCAAAACGUUGAGGCUGGACUUGUCACGACGGGCUCUGGACUGGUUCACGGCGGUAAGGCAUUCCAGAUCGAUGAAGUCGGCAAGAGCGUAGAAUCGGUUAGCAUUGAGAAGUUGAAAUCGGUAUGUAUCUCUUCAUUCUUCACAUGGCGCAAUACUGAUAUUUCUUAUAGGCUGCAAAGGCAAUUUUGGAGGGCAAAGCUACCGUUUCAGCAGUCGGUGAUCUUUACGUUCUUCCUUAUGCAGAGGAGCUUGGUCUUUCAGUGUAAAGCUAGAUUUCCAAGAUGGGAUAACGGUGUGUAUUAUCAAAAACUCUUAGAGUAUAUUAUAGAUGUGAUGCUCGCUGUGAAUAUAUGAUUGAUUUCCUUAAAUGUGGAUGGUUCAGAUUUGAGGCACCAUUAAGUAAAUAUAUAAUGCUAGAUGUAGGCAAUAUUAUAGGAUGAUCAGCCUGCCUACUAA